CCCAAGUCAUUACUACACCACACCUCAUCAACAUGUACACUCCUAUGUAGGUCAGCAGCUUGGCUCGCUCGCGUCGGACGCCAGAUCGAUCCAUCCAUCGAUAAACCGAGCACAAGAGCAGCCCACGACGCGACCCAUUCCGCGUGCGGUCAACCGACCGCAGCCAUGGCCAGCUGCCUCCUUCCCUCCUCCCAUGCCCCCCUACAAUAAAUGCUUUCCCGCCACUACAAAUACCACCACCUCGAUCGUCGCCGCCGCGCGCCACCCCGACGCGGCACGCCAAGUUCUCCGCGACAAUGGCGGCAAUGUCUGCUUCGGGCCGGAGGGUCUUCUUGCUCGGUGCCCUUCUGCUCGUCGCCGUCUCCUGCCAUGGCGGCUUUGGCGGCGUCGGCGUGGCGGAGGGUUUGUCGACGAGGUACUAUGCUAAGACGUGCCCCGCCGUGGAGUCCGUCGUUCGGUCGGUGAUGGCGCGGGCGGUGGCGGCGGACCGGCGCAUGGGCGCGUCCGUGCUCAGGCUCUUCUUCCACGACUGCUUCGUGAACGGCUGCGACGGGUCCGUCCUGCUCGACGACGCGCCGCCGGGGUUCACCGGGGAGAAGGGCGCCGGCGCGAACGCCGGCUCCGCGCGCGGGUUCGAGGUGGUGGACGCGGCGAAGGCGCGGGUGGAGGCGGCGUGCCGCGCCACCGUGUCGUGCGCCGACGUGCUCGCGCUCGCCGCGCGCGACGCCGUGGCGCUCCUCGGCGGGACGACGUGGCCCGUGAGGCUGGGACGGAAGGACGCCCGCACGGCGAGCCAGGCCGCGGCGAACGGCAACCUCCCCGGUCCGGUGUCAAGCCUCACCUCGCUGCUCGCCACGUUCGCCGCCAAGGGCCUUUCGGCGCGCGACAUGACGGCGCUGUCGGGCGCGCACACGGUGGGGCGCGCCCGGUGCGCCACGUUCCGCGGCCGCGUCAACGGCGGCGACGCCAACGUGAACGCCACCUUCGCCGCCCAGCUCCGGCGCCUGUGCCCCGCGGGCACCGGCGGCGACGGCAACCUCGCGCCGCUGGACGCCGAGACGCCCGACGUGUUCGACAACGGCUACUUCCGCGAGCUGACGAAGCAGCGCGGGCUGCUGCACUCGGACCAGGAGCUGUUCGCCGCCGGCGGCGGCGGCAGGUCGUCGUCGCAGGACGCGCUGGUGCGGAAGUACGCCGGCAACGGGGCGAAGUUCGCGAGGGACUUCGCCAAGGCGAUGGUGAAGAUGGGGAACCUCGCGCCGGCCGCCGGGACGCCGGUGGAGGUCAGGCUCAACUGCCGGAAGCCCAACUAGACACACACUAAUUACAUGUAACUAAACAGUACACUAGGACAUGGUUACGAUUAAAUUAAACCAUAUAUAUAUA